CCUAGAGAUAAAACAUUCCCCGUAGUUCAAUCAGAGGCCAAGAGAGAAAAAAAAGGAGAGAAUAUUUGUCUUGGUGGUAUAGAAGAAGAAUCGUGAGGAUGAUAGAGGUGGUGCUUAACGAUCGGCUAGGGAAGAAAGUGAGGGUGAAGUGCAACGAGGACGACACCAUCGGAGAUCUCAAGAAGCUUGUGGCAGCCCAAACUGGAACCCGACCCGAUAAGAUUCGGAUCCAAAAAUGGUACAACAUCUACAAGGAUCAUAUCACUCUAAACGAUUAUGAAAUCCAUGAUGGCAUGGGUCUCGAGCUCUACUACAACUAAAUCAUCCGGUUUUUACAUCUAUGAAGGAAAUAAUAGAAGACUAAAUUCAGUAUUGAAGAUUGAAGAACAGAACAAGUCCAAAACUCGACUCAAAGGCAUGAAUUCUAUUCAAUAAUGAAUAACGAUUUCUAAAAAAGUGUAAAAUAAUUGUCGUUGAAACUUGUACUAUAUGAUUUGGGGUUUGUCUUAAAAA